AUGCAGCCGACAGUCGCUAUCACGAUUGACGAUGGUAAGAAAAGAAUAAAAAAGUAUAGUGUCCAAGGCAUCUACUUAUAUACAAUAGAAGAAAACGAGGCUGGUAGUAGAAAAAGACAGAAAUCCUCCACUGUAUUUUGGUCAAAGCGGUAUGAGUGCCAUCGCCAUGCCACCAGUGACAACAGACGUGGAAUUACCGAGAUCCGUCCUAUCCAGCAACAAAGUAAGCAAGUCGGAUGUAAGGCCCAACUCAAGGUCAUAUGUUACAUGACCGACUGUGACACUGUAAAGUUCAAGUAUGUCAAUGACCAUACUGGGCAUACUCCUGGAACCAUCGAAGAUGUCAAAUAUUUGCCAAAGUCGAUACUUUUAAAGGAGCGCAUUAUUGAGGAAUUAAAAAGAUACAAGAACGUCCGUCAGGUGCGCACUUACUUGCAGCGUGAGCAUGCGCAUCUUGAAAGCACCAAGAGAGACGCAUAUCUCCACACCAUUGAUGUUUAUAACAUCUUU